GGCGCUGUCCAUUGGCCCCACGGUCUCUAUGAUAGACGUCCUUUCAGCCCAAUGACUGCUUGCACUGGAGGCGGGUCUCUCAUAGCGGACCUAUGGGCGCCUACGGCGUCUCAGCCAAUAGGGUCAAGGUAGGAGGCGUGGCGGGAGGUUUGAAACUCACCUUCGGGAGUUGAGGCUCGAGCUACUGUGGACUCAAAGCUGGAAUUGGGGCCCGGCAUCCCCUCCCCGCCCCGGCCAGGCCCUGCACCUCUCUACUCCUCCUGGUAGAGAUGGGCUUGGCCAAGAGCGUCCCAGUCACUCCAGCGCGGCCUCCGCCGCACAACAAGCACCUGGCUCGAGUGGCGGACCCCCGUUCACCCAGCGCCGGCAUCCAGCGCACCCCCAUACAGGUGGAGAGCUCUCCACAGUUAAGCCUAUCAGCAGGGGCGAAGCUGGAGGGUCCUAAUCAGGCCCAGGACGCAGAUCCCCGCUCUCCUACUCUUGGCAUUGUGCGGACACCUAUGAAGACAAGCACAGGCGACCCUCCAAGCCCACUUGUGAAGCAGCUAAGUCAAAUAUUUGAGACUGAAGCACCCAGAUCAAAUCUGUCCCCAGAGCCUGUUUUGCUCCUGGAAGCACCUUCAUCUUCUGAAUUGGACUUGUCUCUGGACACCCAGUUAUCCCUUGAGGACCAGAUGCCACCUCUGAACGACACUGAGCUCCCUUCCAAACACAUGUUUUCUAAGGAGGAAGCAGGACAGCCCACAGAAACCUCUGUAGCCAGCCAGGGCUCAGACAAGCCCUUGAGAGAUCCUGCGACUCCCUGGUCUUCAGGUUCUAAGUGUAAUAGACGGAAACCAAAUGGCAAGGUACUACGGAGAUCCCCCCUCACCAUCCUGCAGGAUGACAACUCCCCCGGAACCCUGACACCACGACAGGGUAAGCGGCCUACUCCCCUGAGGGAAAAUGUUAGGGAAGGGGCCAUCCUGGGAACUGGACGACUUCUGAAAACUGGAGGACGAGCAUGGGAGCAAGGCCAGGACCAUGACAAGGAAAAUCAGCACUUUCCCUUGGUAGAGAACUAGAGCCUGCUUGGCCCCAGUCCCAGGUUCCCCCUGGAAUUAGUGAUAUAUUGUGUCCUCUCACCCUUUCUUUCUCCGGGGGACUGAGGAAGGGCUUGUUUUCUUUGACUCCCCCUAAAACUAUCAACUCUGGGACUGAGAGCUUGACUGGGCUUUCUUUGUGUCUUGCAUGUUUCUUUUGUAUUAAAGGAAGUGGUUUUAAA